AUCGCUUUGAAACGGCCCGGGACUGAACAAAAUCAUAGGACGCUUGUCAAUUGCUUUUUCGCUCACUGAAGCCGCAGACCCAUCCAACAUACCAUGACCGUCAUGGGUGCGCCUGCAGAGACCGACAUUGCGGUCAAGAGCAUCUCUCCUUAUGGGGUUGCGCGCGCAACGGUGCAGGGCACACCUCUUACGCCUGAGGAGCUCCGCAAUACCGUCGACUACAUGAGUGCAUCAUUGUACCUCUGCCUCGGCAUGCUCUACCUCAAGCAGAAUCCACUUCUCAAAGAGCCACUCAAGGUCGCUCACCUCAAGUCAAGAUUACUAGGUCAUUGGGGUUCGGACCCCGGACAGAUCUUUGCGUGGGUUCACAUGAAUCGGCUCAUCAAGAAAUACGACCUCGAUGCCCUCUUCAUCUCGGGUCCCGGCCAUGGCGCUCCUGCCGUUCUCUCCCAAUCUUACCUCGAGGGUGUCUACAGCGAGGUAUACCCCGAUAAGUCGGAAAACGAGGAGGGGAUGCGAAAGUUCUUUAAACAGUUCUCCUUCCCUGGGGGCAUCGGAAGUCACGCGACUCCAGAAACGCCCGGCAGCAUUCACGAAGGGGGAGAGCUCGGCUACUCCAUCUCGCAUUCGUUCGGUGUCGUCUUCGAUAACCCCGACCUCAUUACCAUUACCAUGGUGGGAGACGGGGAGGCGGAGACAGGCCCGUUGGCGACCAGUUGGCACAGCACGAAGUUCUUGAAUCCAAUCACAGAUGGCGCUGUGCUCCCCAUCCUCCACCUGAACGGUUACAAGAUUAACAACCCGACCAUUCUGGCUCGUAUCAGCCAUCAUGAGCUCGAGGCUCUAUUCAUCGGCUACGGCUGGCAACCGUUCUUCGUCGAGGGUAGCGACCCGGAAAGCAUGCACCAGGCAAUGGCCGCCACCAUGGAACAAUGCAUCACCAAGAUCAAGGCAUACCAAAGGCAGGCGCGUGACUCUGGAAAGGCAUUUCGUCCGUUCUGGCCCAUGAUCAUCCUUCGCAGUCCCAAGGGCUGGUCCGCUCCCCGCGACGUCGACGGCCACUACCUGGAAGGCUUCUGGCGCGCCCAUCAGAUUCCCAUGCCCGACAUCGCCAAGAACAAGGAGCACUUCGCCAUCUUCGAGAAAUGGAUGCGCAGCUACGAGCCCGAGCGCCUCUUUACGUCCGACGGUCAGUUGAUUCCAGAGUUGAAGAAGCUGCCGCCCACUGGCAACCGCAGGAUGAGCGCGAAUCCGGUCGGUAAUGGUGGGCUUCUUCGCAAGCCUUUACUCCUUCCGGACUAUCGUCAUUAUGCCCUCGAGGUGAAAAAGCAAGGCACCACGAGCGGACCUUCAAUGUCCAAUAUGGCCAGGUUUCUGCGUGACGUCGUUCACAAGAACCCGACCAACUUCCGCGUCUUCGGGCCGGAUGAGACAGAGUCAAACAAACUCGGGGCCAUUUACGAGGCUGGGAAGAAGGUCUGGAUGGCCGAGCACUUUGAGGAGGACCUGGACGGCGGAAAUCUAGCUUUUGCCGGUCGUGUCAUGGAGAUGUUGUCUGAGCAUACGGUCGAAGGCUGGCUGGAGGGUUAUAUUCUCAGUGGCCGUCACGGUUUGCUGAACUCGUACGAGCCCUUCAUUCACAUCAUCGAUAGCAUGGUCAACCAGCACUGCAAGUGGAUUGAGAAAGCACUGGAGAUUGAGUGGCGCGUCAAGAUCGCCUCCCUCAAUAUCCUGCUGACCGCGACCGUCUGGCGCCAGGACCACAACGGCUUCACCCAUCAAGAUCCGGGUUUCCUCGACGUCGUGGCGAAUAAGAGCCCCGAAGUCGUCCGCAUCUACCUCCCCCCCGACGGCAACUGCCUCCUUAGUGUCAUGGACCACUGCCUCAAGAGCGAAAACUACGUCAACGUUAUUGUGGCCGAUAAGCAAGACCACAUCCAGUACCUCAACAUGGAUGACGCUAUCACGCACUGCACCAAGGGGAUCGGCAUCUGGGACUGGGCGUCCAACGACCAGGGUGCUGACCCAGACGUCGUCAUGGCCUGCUGCGGCGACGUUCCAACCCACGAGGCCCUCGCCGCUACGGCCAUCCUUCGCCACCACAUGCCGGCGCUCAAGAUCCGCUUCGUCAACGUCGUCGAUCUAUUCAGGCUCAUCUCGGCCGAGGACCACCCGCACGGCCUUACGGAUCGCGAGUACGUCGCGCUCUUCACGGCCGAUCGGCCCGUCAUCUUCAAUUUUCACAGCUAUCCCUUUAUGAUCCAUCGGCUAACAUACAAGCGCCCCGGGGCCAACGUCAAUUUGCAUGUGCGCGGGUACAAGGAGAAGGGCAAUAUCGACACGCCGCUUGAGCUGGCGAUCAGGAACCAGACGGAUCGGUACAGUCUCGCGAUGGACGCGCUGGACCGGAUCCAUGGCUUGCAUAAUUCCGGCAGUGGGGUGAGGGAAAAGUUGCUCGAUGAGCAGAUCCGCAUGCGCAAUUGGGCGUAUGAGCAUGGAACGGAUCCGAAGGACAUUACCGAGUGGAGUUGGCCACUUUAAAGUCGAGGCAGGGGGAGAAUCAUAGUGUGCAAAGACCGAGGCCGGCAGAGUUGUGAGAUGGCGGCCGGAGUUUCGCGCGGUAAGGAAGGAUUGUGAAUCGACGCCACGAGUUAGGAAGACUUAUAAGUAAAUAGGAUGUUUUCACAGUAGAUUCUCCACAUUGGCCUGUGUUUCAGAAUUCAGCCUCCAAACCUCCUAAAGUCAGGUACGCAGCACCGACGUCAUAGCACCGUCGCAAUUACCGUUGAAGUGACGAUGCCCGUGAAGUUUGCUAAUGCCAUCGACAACAACAAAUUGAAGAAAAUGCCACACCCGGGACCUACUCCAUCAAACAUGACGGCAAACACCCAUCUGUAGGCCUAACUGGCAUAUCACAGUCCUAUUUCUCGAUGUGAUCUCAUAUUGUGGCAGUAACCGGGUCUGGGAGAAGU